AUGGAUAAUUAUGUGCUGUUAAUAAUUGCGCGUAUCUUUAACGUACGACGUGACAAAAAUAUUGUUUUUCCAUCGCAACAUUUUAACGAAAUUCCUACUGAAAAAAAGGAAAUUUAUGUUGAAAUUAUUACUUCAAAAUUUGAUAUGAGUUUGUCUCCGUCUACUUCUACUUCUUCAAAUAAUCAAACACGGCUCGUACAAUACAUUAACGAACUACACAAACGUUGGUCAUAUUUUCUUGCUGAUCACGUUAUUGUCACAAUUGUAUUAUCUGUUGUUUUAUCUAUUAUUUGUGCUAUCAAAGUUAUCAAUACAUCUUAUGAAACUGAUGUUUCUGGUUUUGUACCUUAUGGUGUAAGGUCACGUUACGAAUUUGCAGUACAGGAAGAGUUUACAAAUCAUAAUGGCAAAGGAUUUGUUAUAAUGGCAGUUAUAAUUCCUAAAGAUAACGGUUCUAUGCUAAGAGAAGAAUUACUCCAAGAAGCUGUCGAAGUCGACAGAUUAAUAUCAAAUAAUUUCACUUUGCACAAUCACAUCAAUGGCCAAGACGAAUCUUUUAGUCAAUUUUGUCUAAGCUCAUGCGUGCUAAACAUCCCUUUGCUGCAUUUUCAAACAGGUUUCCAAGUUCAGCUUGAUCUUCUUCGAGCUAAUAAAUCUUUAAAUGACCGGAUUGACUUGAGAUAUCCAGUAUCAAAGUUAUUCGGGCGCUCUAUUAAUAUUCAGAUGAAUUUCAAUGGCGUAAAAUUGAGAAAUGAUACAUUUCUGAUCGGAAAUGAAAUGAAUGAAUCAACAGCACAAAUCACUAAUUAUUAUCCAAUUAUAACAAAUAUGGUAUCAGUAAAGAUGCUGAAAUUGUUGUAUCGUUCAGAACGAAUUGGUGAUUGGACUGAUCAAGAAAUAAAACAAUAUGAAUUAAGCAUUGCUCGUUACUUUCAAAAUGAUUACAAAUCAGAAAACAUUCGUGUAUUCACAGUAUCAUUCAAUUAUGUUGGCUACGAAAUAGCUCGAGCUGGACUAAGUAUUUUACCUUAUCUCAUCGUUGGCUUCUGUAUUAUGUUCAUCUGCUCCACAUUAUCUACCUUAAUCAGUGCCACGUAUAUGCAACAAAUGACUAUUCAUAAGAUUUACUUGCCUAUUUUUGCUUGCAUAUGUCCAUUAAUGGCUAAUGCUACAGCUAUUGGGUUGCUGAUAACGCUGGGUAUACGCUAUGAUGCUAUUUUAUGCAUUACACCAUUUCUCGCCCUCGCUAUUGGCGUUGAUGAUGCAUAUUUGAUGAUGCAUGCAUGGCAACGUACUGCUCGAGAAUGUACGCGGCACCCUACCAAAGAAGAUUCUGUUGCUUAUCGUCUUUCUGAAGUGUUGCAAGAUACAGGACCCGCAAUUCUCAUAUCCGCCUUAACAAAUAUUUUAGCUGAUGCUGUUGGCACAUUUACUGGUUCACCAAAUAUUACUAUCCUUUGUUUUGGCAAUAUGACAACGAUUUUUAUGGAUUAUGUCUAUCAGUUAACAUUCUAUUCAGCCAUAUUGUGUAUUUCGGGCCAUUUUGAAAUGAAGUCAGCUUCUGAACAACAAAACAUUCAUUCGAUUGAAAUUGGCAAUGAAAAAAAAGGCGCUAUAACAAAUUGUUGUGGCCAGGGAAUAACGCAAGCAAAAAUUGAAUUAACUUCAGAAAAACUAUUCCCAAUGGAUUCACCGCUUAUUCAAACAAAUCACUUGUUGCAAGCGUAUCAAGUACCAGAACAUACGGUAGCUCAAUUUUAUGUAAGUAAUCCGGGAAAUUUAUCUAAUCCGUUACGACUGGAUCGUUUAAAUCAAAUGGUAUCAGAAUUGGAACACUUAAAAGGUUCUUGGGGCCCUGAAAGUACCAAUUACUUCAUUCGAGAUUUCAUUGAUUAUGAAAAGCACAUUAAAGAAGAGGAUGAAGACAAUGAGGAAAAUGGUCUACUUUUCAGUUCAAAAAAUAGCCUGCAAUCGUCGAAACACAAAUUUGAUGAAAGUGAUUUACCAUUAUUCUUAGACUGGCCUGAAUACCAAAAGUGGCAGGGUUUUCUAAACUUUAAUGAAACUACUGGUCAUUUGCGAAAAUUCAUCUUUACAACUUCAUAUUAUGGUGAAAAUUUGAAAGAAUGGCCAGAAAGGGGUGUGUUGCUGAAUAAAUGGCGCAGUGUAAUUGAUAAAUAUAAUGAAUUCAAUGUGUCAGUUUACAUGGACGAUGCAUUGUUUUUGGAUUUAAUUGAUAAUAUGGCCACAGAUAUUUGGCAAUCAGCUUUGGGCAUAUUAUUAUGCAUGGCAUUUAUUUGCUUUAUUUUUUUGUACGAUAUAUUUACCGUAAUCGUGGUUUCAGCUGCAAUAUUAUCUAUUUUGACUAGUUUGAUUGGCUUAAUAAAUUUUGCGGGUAUUAAUUUGGAACCAAUUAUGGUUUCUGCUAUGCUAAUUUCAAUGGGUUUUAGUGUUGAUAUACCAGCUCAUGUGGCUUACCAUUAUAAUAGUGCAGGCACAAAUAGUGAAAAACGAUUAACAGUGAAGGAAAAGUUAAGAAUAUGCUUUGCGUCAGUUGCCUUACCGGCACUGCAGGCAUCAUUUAGCAGUAGUCUGUGCUUGCUAGGCCUUGCAUUCAAGCCACUUUACAUGGCUCAAGUUUUUGUGAAUGUAAUGGUAUUAUGCAUAUUCUUAUGUGUUUUGCAUGGUUUGCUAAUUAUUCCAUGUAUGUUAGUACUAAUUGAUAUGCUAAUGCAACUACUAAAAAGGUGGCGGAAUCUUCACGUUGUUUCAACAAUCACUUCACGUUCAUGAUU